AUGGAUGCAACGAUCGGAGAUCCGACCGUAGCGUCGUCCGUGGAGCGGGUGUUCGAGAGUCAGCUCCUGCCGGGGAUAUGGGGGCAGGUGACCUUCCGGUCGAUGGCCAUCUCGGUGGUGCUCGGGACCGUCUUCGGCUUCGUUGGCCUACGAAUCAUGAUGAAGGCCGGCAUCAUACAGGCGCUGAACUUGCCCAUCAACGUCCUCAGCUUCUUCUUCCUCAAGUGGUUCAUCAACCUGCUGCGGGCCUUCGGCUUCACCACGCUGCCCUUCUCACGCCAGGAGAACGUUCUCAUCCUCACCACCGUCACCACAUGCCUCAACGUAGCAAUAUCCGGUGGCUUUGCGAAUUAUGUGGUCGGAAUGACUUCUCUUGUGGCCAAAUCACUUGGAGUAGAAAAUCCAGACCCAAGAGAUGUUGUUGACAACUUUCCGACGGGACGAUGGAUGUUGUUCCUUUUCGUUAUUAGUAUGGUGGGUAUAAUGACUAGCGUGCCAUUGAACAAGGUCAUGAUUGUUGACUACAGGUUACUUUUUCCAACAGGAACUGUCCAAGCUCACCUUAUUAAUAGUUUUCACACCCCUCAAGGAGCUCACGUAGCAAAGUUGCAGGUUUCGACUAUAUUCAGAUUUUUCCUGGGUAGCUUUUCUUGGACUGUAUUCUCAUGGCUAUAUAGUGCAGGCGACAACUGUGGAUUUGCCAACUUUCCAAUGUUUGGACUAGAAUUAUACAAGCACAGAUUCAAAUUUGAUUUCUCUCCAACAUUUCUCGGCGUUGGAAUGAUUUGCCCACAUGUUAUAAAUCUCGCUCUGCUCUUCGGAGGCAUCGUAUCUUGGGGAUUAGUAUACCCUUUUCUUGAAACAAAACAUGGAGAAUGGUAUCAUACUGAGAGUCCUUCAAGUUUGCAGGGAAUGAAUGGAUACAAGAAGCAUCCUAGCCUUAACUACGAUGAAUGCAAAAGGGUUGAGGUAUUUCUUCAAAAUAAAAUUCCUCUAACUAUAUCAGUGGGAGGAUACAUCGCGAGUGCAACAAUCUCUAUAAUUGUUAUCCCAUGGCUAUUCGAUCAGAUAAAAUUCUAUCAUGUUGCCACAUUGUAUAUUAUUACGCCGGUCAUUGCGUUCGCAAAUACAUAUGCAAAUGGACUUACAGAUUGGUCGGUUGGAUACACUUAUGGCAAGUUCACAAUAUUUGUCGUCGCGGCAUGGAUUGUCAAGGCGGGCGCGGUUGUUGCUGGCCUUGUAGCUUGUGGAAUAAUGAUAGCAGCUCUUCAUAUUUCUUCACAAGCAACACAAGAUAUCAAGACAGGUUACAUGACACUAACCUCAGAAAGAGCUAUGGUAAUUGGGCAAAUUGUGGGUGUAAUCAUUGGUUCUAUUGUUAACCCAUGCAUCUUUCUUGCCUUCCAAAAAGGUGAAAAACCCAACGUUUCUAUUGGAUCUCCAGAAUCACACUUCCCAUGUCCUUUUGCUGGACUAUUUCGUGCCAUUGGGGUGAUUGGCACUGGAGGAGUGAAAGAGCUCCCUGAUUAUUGUCUUGCAAUGUGCUUUGCUUCAUUUUGCAUAACAAUUGCCACAAAUGUGCUUUCAUUGGUAUCUCAGAGAAAAGGUUGGAGAAUACACAAGUAUCUUCCUAAUAUGACGGUGGUUGCAUUGCCAUUUUUUGCGGGGCCUGACUUCACCAUAGAUAUGUGCCUAGGUAGUGCAGUUUUGUUUAUCUGGACUAGAAUGAAUAGUAGAAGUGCAGAUUUGUUGUCCUCAGCUGUUGCAGCAGGCCUUAUAUGUGGAGAAGGACUAUUUGCAUUGCCAUCAGCGGUACUCGGCAUAUUCAGCGUGCAGCCACCAAUGUGCAUGAAGUUCUUUCCUAGUGGAAAAGAAGUUGAUGUGGUUGAUUCGUUCUUAAAUAAUUUGGAGACACCUACAAGGACAUGA